AUGGAUGGUCCCACCAACGAGACGGAGACAUAUAAAUCCACUGCACGUAUCAUCAAGGAGCAAGCGGCGUUAUGUGGACGGUCGAAAUUCCUCGUCGCCAUCGCUGGAGCACCCGGGUCGGGGAAGAGUACAAUUGCUGGGGAAAUCGUGAAGCGAAUCAAUUCCGAAGCAAGCGAUUGUACAAACCGCGGUAUUGUUUCGUCGCUGGGAGAGGGUUCCAACAAGGGGAAACCGCAUUUGUAUAAUUCGACUGCGGCGCCGAUACAAAGCUCUCAGGGCAUUGGCGCCAUUGCCGUCAGUGUUGGCAUGGACGGAUUUCACUACCCACGUUCCCAUCUCGACGCCAUGCCUAACCGCGAGCAAGCAUACCGGCGCCGCGGAGCCCCGUGGACAUUCGAUGUGGACGCGCUGCUGAUAUUCGUUCGCCAACUGAGGCAAUGGGCGGAUGGGGAGUCGUGUAUUUCAGAUGCGACGUCUUCAACCUUACGAGAAGCAAGUUGCGCAAUCGACGAGGGCAGAAAUCAGCCACGCCCCCAGCUGACUGCGCCCUCUUUUUCUCACGCCAUCAAGGACCCUGUUCCGGAUGCUAUUUCUAUUUUCGCCUCAACCACCAUCGUCAUCCUGGAAGGAAACUAUCUCCUCCUGGACGAGGACAAGUGGCGAGACAUAUCCGCGCUCGUGGACUUUCGAAUUUUUGUGGAUGUGGAUUUCCAGCUGGCGAGGAUGAGGGUGGCAAGACGGCAUGUGCAGGCGGGGAUUGAGGCGUCGCUUGAAGGGGCGCUGGGGAGGUUCGACGGAAAUGAUCUGGUCAAUGGAAGGCUCGUGCAGGAGAGGCUUUGUCGUGACGCAGUGGACUUGGUAGUCGUGAGUAAAGAUCACUGA